UCGGUGGUUCUGCGGUGUGGACCCCGCCCAUGGCAUCGGCUCUCAGCCCACCCAGGAGCCCCUAACUGUGGCUGUUGGUUAUAACCCGCUUUCCUCUCCUCCUCGCCCGUGAUUUACUGCAAAAUGUACUAACGCCGCCCCACAGCCCUCCCCGUCCCGCAAGGGACCCCACGCCUUGCGCAGCGGAGCCCGAGCCUGGCGCUGCGCCUCCUCCCGCGGGGCCGCCCCACCUGGAGUCCCGGCCGCCCGGGGAGGCCCCUGGCUCCGCCCCACUAGCGCCGCCCAGUUACCUGCCCACCGGGCGGGGGCUGGCGCGGGCGGCCCGGACUUGGGCCGAGCACCGGAGGCCCCGGGGCCGCGAUGUCUGGGCCUGGCCGGUGGGCGCCCCUGCUCCUCCACCUGCUGCUGGCCGCUCCAGGGAGACCCCUCCUAGCCCCUCCGCGGAAUGUGACCCUGUUCUCUCAGAACUUCAGUGUGUACCUGACGUGGCUCCCAGGGCUGGGCAACCCCCAGAACGUGACCUAUUUUGUGGCCUAUCAAGGCUUUUCCUCCCGCAGACGGUGGCGCAGGGUGCAGAGGUGUUCAGGAACCACGGCGCUGGUGUGUUCCCUGAUGUGCCUGGAGAAACAGGACCUGUACAACAAGUUCAAGGGACGUGUGCAGGCGGCCUCUGCCAGCGCCAGGUCCCCCUGGGUGGAGUCUCAGUACCUGGAUUACCUCUUUGAAGUGGAGCUGGGCCCGCCCGUCCUGGCGCUCACCCUGAGGGAGAAGGUCCUGAGUGUCAAUGCCACCUACCAGCUACCGCCUUGCAUACCUGCCCUGGAUCUGCAGUACGAGGUGCAGUUCUGGAAGGAGGGCGCUGGAAACAAGACCCUGUUUCCAGCCACUGCACACGGCCAGCCGGUCCAGAUCCUGCUCCACCCUUCUGCCCACGGACGCCACUGCCUCAGCGCCAGAACCAUCUACACCUUCACCAAUCCCAAGUACAGCCGCUUCUCAGAGCCCAGCUGCCUCUCCCUGGAGGCCCCAGGGGCCAACUGGACAGUGCUGGUGCUGCCUUCGCUCUCCCCACUUUUGCUGGUAGUUGCCAUAGGCGGUGUGAUGUGGAAGAACCUGAAGGGCGACCCCUGGUUCCACGGGGCGAAGACACCCAAGGCCCUGAACUUUUCGGGAUACAGACACUCCGUGGCAGCCUUUCAGCCCAGCGGACCAGAGUCCUUGGAUGAGUUAUUCCUCUGUCCCCGAAAGAAACUGACCAGCAGGGUCAGGACGGCCCCUCCAGUCAGGGCCCCAGCCACCCCCCAGUCAGGAUCGGAGGACAGCGCUGAGGACGAGGAUGAGGAGGACACAGAUGACAGGGUCAGCGUCCAGCCCUACAUGGAACAGCCCCCCUUCCAGGGGCAGGAGCUCCAGUGUCUGGGGUUCUCCGAGGCAGAUGAGUCUGGGGUGGACUCAGGGGGGCCCUGGACACCUGUGGGCCACAGCGCAGGCUCCUCUGCCAGAGAUUCCUCAGACAGGAGCUGGCCCAGCACUGGGGACUCCUUGCUCUGGGACGAGGCUGGGUCCUCCAGCUGUGUGACCAAGAAGGGGCCGGGUCAGGGGCCGGAUGGUGACCAGCAUCAGGAGCCACCCCCGUGCCCAGAAUCUUCUAAGGACUUGGGCACCCUGGAAGAGCCCCUGAAGGCCGGCCUCUCCUCGUGGGCCGCCCAGGGAUCCUUAUCCCCAGGGUGGAAUCUAGCCCCUGGGGAGCCCUUAGUUUCUCUUCAGAUGCUGACCUUCUGCUGGGACAGCAGACCUGAAGAGGAAGAGGAAGAGGAGGAGGAAGGGGAAGAGGAGGAAGAGGAAGAGGAGGAGGAAGAGGGGGAGAAGGAAUCAGAACCGAUGGACAGCAGAAGCUGCAGCUGGCAGGCUGGGAACCCCGUGAGGACCCAGGUCAGGGGUGGGAUGCUAGGACAUUACAUGGCCAGGUGAGCUGGCUCCAGCUGUCCCCAGGGACUCAAACACCGCCCGGGCUCAAGAGCCAUGUUUGCCUGGGUGACAGGCCAGGUGGAAAAUCAUCCCUAGACAACAUGAACCAAGUGAGGCCUGGUCGCUGUGGCCACUGCAGGCUGGUACCUCAGGGGCCAUCUGGGACUGGGGCAGGGGUGGCCCCGCCGGAGGCACAUCUGGGUGUAUCUCCGCCUUUCCAACACCCGCGGAGCUCCCCUCUCCCAAGCCUGUGUCACCCCCUAGGGUGAGCCUCCAUAAGGCAAGAUCCAGUCCCCUGAGGGAGUUGUGGGGGAGGAAAAGGGGAUCCACCCUUCAGAUCCUCGCCUUUGGAUUCUUUUUGCUGUUGUUGUUUUUUUGUUUUUAAUAGCAGACAGAUCUGGGUUCAAAUCCCAGCUCUGCCAGUUGCCAGUCAUUCUUUGUACCUCAGUUUCCUCAUCUGCAGCUGCUACCCAGGGGUGGUAAGGAUAUCCGGGUGUGUGGCAUGGGGCUUGCCUGGCAUUGGUGCUGUCUCUGUGUGGCUGGUAGAAUCCUCCAUCUCCCAGGCUGCAAGGAGACCCUUGGGCAUCCCCCACCUGUGACCUGACCCUAGAGGGACCGGGAGCACCUGCCUCUACCCGCCUCGCCUCUACGCUGCCGCCUAGCUCUAGACAAGGUGCUGAGUUCUCAGAAACCAGAGCCCCCACCAAGGUUACCUCAGGCCCAGUCCCUCUUGCCUUGGGUUGUCUGUACCCCUAGUUCUUGUCUCGGUGGCCCAGGCCCUCCCACUUAGCUCUUAAUAACCUCACUCUGUUGUGUAGAAAAGACCUUCACAGCCCUUUGGCCAUAGGGCUGUGUAGU